AUGGCGGAGGGCUUCGGGCGCUGGGAGUCGGAUCCGCUCUUCCCCGCCGCCGAGUACGUGCAGGACUCCGCCGACAGAAUGGAGGGUGUCUACCGCCUGCUUUUGCAUGAAAGGAAAGUUAUGCAGGGUGGUACUUCCGAUGCAAAGUUUCAUGCUCCAAUACAAUACGAGAGAGAUGUGAUUACUGCUCUUGGAACUACCGAAUGGCAGCUGGAGCAAUUUGAGAGGGAGGUGAAUGCAGCUGCAUUCUCUGACAAGUCAAAGUCAAGAGAAAAUGCAAUCUUAAAAUUUAGGCAAUUCAUUAGAGCUAUAGCGGACCAGAUUUCUCAGGUGGAAGAAAGCUUGGAGAGUCUUAGGCUAGGUUCUAGUAGAACUCCAAAACAUUCAUACUCAAGCGAAUAUGAUGGAGAUGGGCUGGCAUCAUUUCUUUCUGGUUCCAGCAAGGAUGACCAUGCAUAUCAUUCCACUGGUACAGAUGAAAUUGUGGAGCUUAAGCUCGACAAUGUUCCUUUAGUAAAUGGCUAUCAUUCCACACAAGAAUAUACAACAUACGAACACAGGAAUUCAGAUAAAGAUGUGGAAGGAGCGGGGAGUGCAUGUGAAGGAGAUCAUAACAAUAGGAAUAUGUAUGUUUUGGAUGCUGAUGACUCUAUAAGUUGGAGGCUUUUUUGCAAAAACAAACUAAGCAGACAAUACCGUAGUUUUAUAAGAAACCUAUGGUUUGCAAAACAAGGUCGUGAAAGCUUUACGAAGAGGAGGAAGGAUGGAGAAGAUAUGGAUAGCUUGAGAAAUGGAAACAUGCUACCUUCUUUCAAUCUACCUCAAUCUGGAAGGGUUAUGUAUUUCUGGCCCGAGGUCAUUAAGAGGAGAUUAUGUAGAUCUGAGUAUUUUACAGAUCAUAAUCGUCCUCAAAUCCGUUUAGUGACAGCAGUACUGAUUGCACUUGCUGUUCUCUUCCACGGUGUACUCAUACUGAUCAUGCUUGUGCCCUGUCAUGGAUUCUGGAGGACCAUCAUUGUUUCGAAGAGCUUCAAUGUUGCACUCCAAUUUGCCAUGCCCUGCAGAUGGAGGUUUGGAAACGGCCUUUUGCGGUUGAUAGCUUUGGUUGCUCUGUCAUUGGCAUGA